AUGUUAACUACCAACAAGAAGAUCGUUAAGGCCAACGGUAAGCAAAUUACCGAAUUUGAGAACACUGUUGCUCAAGCCCUCUUGGACUUGGAAAACAACAGCAGUGACUUCAAGGACUUGAAGGACCUCAGCAUCGUCGCUGCCAAGGACUACGAUGUCUCUGACGGAAAGAAGGCUGUCGUCGUCUUCGUUCCAUACCGUCAACUCAAGGCCUACAACAAGAUCCAACAAAAGUUGGUUUGGGAAUUGGAAAAGAAGUUCGGUGGUAAGACCGUUAUGUUCAUCGCCCAACGUAGAGUCCUCCACAAGGCUACCGCUGCUCGUCCAGUCAAGCAACAAAAGAUCCCACGUUCCCGUACUGUCAAGGCCGUCCAUGACGCUAUCUUGGAAGACCUCGUUUUCCCAAAUAACAUCGUUGGUCGUAGAUUGAGAUACAGACAAGACGGUAGCAAGUUGCACAAGAUCUACCUUGACCGUAAGGAAAUGACUCUCACCGAACACAAGCUUGACUCCUUCACUGCUGUAUACCACCGUUUGACUGGUAAGGAAGUCGUCUUUGAGUUCCCAGUCCAAUCUUCAUCCUCUGACUCCAACUAA